AUGUUAAGUUCGAAGGCGACAGCUGCAUUGAUGAGACUGAAGGAAAUGGACAGGAAGUAUAAUAUCAAAUGUAGCGAGGGCAAACGAGUUCAGAGUAACGUCAGCACUGAAAGUUCUCUAGAAGGGUCUUUAAGGGAUUUGCAAGUCAAGCCUAAGGUUUUGAGUAAUAAAGACAGUUCAGAAGAUAGUCCAACUUUAUCAGUAGAUACUGCAGAAAAAGAAAUUAAAUCCAAGGUAUUUUCGAAAUCCAAGAUGGAGAUAAAAAUUCCAAUUAACUCAGAAAAUGACAAAUCUGUGAUUAGUGACAGUACCACUUUGAAAAAAUCUCCAGAGGCAUUUAUUACAACAAAAUUUAUAACAGAAGAUGUGAUAAAUAAUGAAAUGGAAGAGGAAAGUGAUACUUCUAAAACAAAAGAGUCUCUUAAAGAUACUUUAAACUCGAAGUCUAUUUCCAAGAUCAAAAUUAAGGUUCCUAUGCUAGGAUUUGAAGAUCCUCUAAGGGACAAUGAUGACUCUACGGCUGCUACAGUGCUUUCUAGGCAUUCAGAUAUUUCUGAAAUAAUUUCAGAAGCAGAAAAAUCUGUCAAUGAAUUUUCCUCCAGGAGAAGCGACGGAAAAUCAAAUAUACCAGAAGUGACAGUAAUCGAGGAUAGCGUUCUAGUUUCAAAUAAUGGUAAUAAUGAAACGACAAUAGAGGAAAUUAUCAAGAUAAGUGAAGAAAGAAGCGAAAUCAUCUCUGAACUGUCAGACACGAUGGAUAAGGACGUUUCGGUAGAAAAAGUUUGCAAUGGAGAGGACCGGAAGACUCAGUACGAAGAUGACACCUUCGAAGAAGUAUCGAGUUCCAUUGAAUCAUCUAGUUCUGUAGAAGAACGGCAGAAGAAUAUCUCAGAUGAGGAUACUGUAAUUUCUGGGGUAAAACAGAUCAAGAUCAUUCCGCACAAGCAGAUACAAAAUAUUCAGAAGACGAUGAUCGACGAGGGCAGAGACAAAGAGAUCGUGGAGCUGAUCGCCCCAAAAAUAAUGCAGAGUACAAGCGAGUGUAAUAUUGACCUUGACGAGGAGCUUUCAAAUUACGUGAAGACGACGGAAAACGCUGACGAGGCAGUGCCGAUUAGUCUUCUGAAACUACCCAAACAAAUAAUGUCGACGAAGAAGCACAUAAGGAAGAAUAAGAAGCACAAGAAAUCAUUAAAUGAAAGCACAGAGGAGAAGACCGAUUCCACUGUGGUUUCUGAACACGAGAGAUUAACGGACCGUAAGGAAAAUACCAUGGAAAAGAAUGUAGUGGGAGAACAGGAAUUCUUGACAUCCACAAAAAGUGAAAAGAAAAUUCAAGAGACUUCUUUAUUGAAUGAGCAAGAUAGAGAAGAAUGUAUUAAUAAAAUAGAAGGGGGAUGGUCAAGGAGUGAGGUUGAAAACGAUAACCUGGAAACGACUUAUAGCGAAGAGAAAUUUUUUAGGGAGACUCCAAAGCAAUCGAACGUUAUUAGUACUCUGAGAAAAUUGAACAAGGAUGCAAUUAAUGCCAUAGUUAGGAGAAACAGGGUUCAAACUACAAGAGUAGCUCCAAAUAAAUCUAGACACUGUAAAAAUUGUGGAACCAUAGUUAAGAUUCCUCCUGCAAAUGCGGGUAGGAACACUGAGAAUGACGAUAGCGACGCUUCAUCGGCACAAAAUGUUAAAAUGUUUAAGGACUCCAAUCAUGAUCAAAAGCUUAAACGGAAGAAGGUUAAGAACAAGAAAGUUUCAAGGACAACGAAAAGUCGAAAAUUAUCAAACUGUAAUAAAGUCGAAGGAAAGUAUUCAAGAUCUGACUGCAGACAAACGCAUUGCCUGCGAAAACAAACAGCAAUAUUCAGGCUACAACAAGAACGCGAGGACAUCCGUAAUUACUUGCUGCAGUUGGAACGCACACGAUUAGGAUUUAGCCCCGGGGAAUCUAAUGCAACUUCUCAAUUAUCUGUCUUCAGACCGCUUGAAUUUCCGAAAAUUGAGGCAUUCGUGAAACCUGAUCUGGAAGAUAUAAAGUUCAAGGCAAAAGAUGAAAUUGCUGAAUUACAAGAGAAAAUAUUGAUGAUAAGGCAAUGGUUGAAGGAUCAAUACAUCCUCUAUAGAGACUACAGUAGUCUAGCACAGACAGUGAACUCAAAAUAUAUUCCUGCCAAUUUAGAGGAUGCAAAAAAGAUGAUACGCCAGUUACAAAGAGCGACGAUUAAGAGCAGAUGA